AUGGAAGACGAGUCCGUCGAAGCCACAAGGAUGAUGAUGAUCGGCACAGCCGUGGCAGCAUUGCUACUGGCCAUGGCCAUUAGCCGUCUUGUGCAGUGGCUUUUCUCCAAAACGUUGCCACCCGACACUGUUCGUCCACCUCAUGUACAGUCCUGGAUUCCCUACCUGGGAUCUGCCAUUGAAAUGGGAAAAGAUGUAGUGGCUUUUAUUUGUCAUUAUGGCAAGCAGUUUCAGAGUCCCCUAUUCACGGCCACCAUUGUAGGAGAAACAUGUGUCUUUGUGGCAGACCCAGAACUCAUGAACAUGGUAUUCAAGCCAAAGUAUGCACGGUAUUUGGACAGUUACUCGCUCCAAAAAGACUUUGUCACAAAUGUGUUGGGAGGAACUCCAAAAGAUGUCCAGCAAAACUUUCACACGGAUACUAUCAAAAUUGGAGGGAAACAGGCAAAUCAUUUCAUCUUGAACAGAGACUCCAUGGGAGUAUCCGUGGGAAAAGUACAAGACUACUUUCAAAAGAACAUUCCAGAAUUGGCGACGUCCACAAACAUUUGGACCAGUCAUUCCAUGUUCUCCAUGGUCUAUCAAGCUGUUUUCAAGGCUACAGCAGGACCACUUGUCAGCGACUAUUUUGUCCAGGAUGAGUCCUCCUGGGAAGCGUUUCAAGUGUUUGAUAAGGGUGUGAUUCCCUUGUUCAACAAGCUACCCUCUUUCUUGACUACAAAGGCACGACAAGCACGCUCUUCCUUGAUUCAAACAUUGCAAUCCAAGGCAUUCCAGGAUCAAGCAUCACCACUCAUGAAAGCGCGAAUCCAGGAAUUGCCAGUGUCACCCUCGGCAUUGAGUAAAGCCAAUCUCGGGCUCAUGUUUGCAUCUGUGGGCAACUCGGCACCCGCCAUCUAUUGGUGCCUACUCCGGCUCAUGGAGGAUCCACCAGCAUGGGAAGCCUGUCGUGCUCAAGUACAAGCUCUAGUACUCCAAAAGAAACAGACCGAUGCCGGCACUACUACAACACCCACGUUUACCAUGGAUGAUCUCGAUCAAAUGACUUUGCUCGAGUCGGCCUUUUGGGAAACCCUGCGAUUGUACCAGGGCAAUUUCACUGCACGAAGAAUCACGGAGGAUUUUGUUGUGGAAACUACCACCACCUACACGAACAAACAACAACCCAAAAAGUACCUGCUGGAAAAGGGCUCCCGAAUCAUGCCGUUCUGGGCCGUCCUUCAUUACGAUCCCAACAUCUUUUCCAAUCCCAAACAGUUCCAGUAUGACCGCUUUGUGGGCAAGCCCCAGUUUACAUUCGCAAGUGGAGCCAAAAUCAACUUUUUCCCGGUCGUGGCAUUUGGUGGGGGUGAGCACUUGUGUCCUGGUCGCAAGUUUAUUUCCUACGAAGCACGUCUGCUGUUGGCGUUGCUCAUGUUAAACUUUGACAUGCGGUUGGCGGAGGGUGAGACGAUUCCGGGAAUUGAUCUCACCAAUAUUGGUGUCGGUGUCUGUCACCCCGAGAGAGAAGUCAAGGUUGAAAUUAAGAGGAGGCAAGAGUAG